UCGUCACUUUCACUAUAACAAAUUGUAGGGAAAAAAUCUACGGGUUAGAAGGGGUGUAGUGAAAUGAGUUCGCUAUGAUCUUGACUAAAAAGUAAGAUUUCUUUGAACGCAAGAUUAAAAUGAUGGCGCAGCGAGGAGAACAAAAGUAAAGAUAUUACUGGGCCGGCCACGAGCACAAGUGAACAAUUACAUUAGCAUAGCAAAGGUCCCCCCGGACAGCCAAUGACAUGCCGGGAUUCCAACAAUAGCGGGGAUCCCUACCGUAUAAAAACGAGGGAGUGACCCGACUGCAGCACAUCGCCGGAUCACACCAGCUCAUCGCAAUGACUUUCGAAGAAGUACAGAGCAAGGCGGACGCUGGUCAGUUUAUUGGGGAAACAUUAGAAGAUGCAUUGACUGUGGCUAAAAAUAACGACUGCCUUACGGUCGGAGUAUACGAGUCAGCUAAAGUCAUGAACAUUGACCCGGACAGCGUGUCGUUUUGCAUACUGGCAACCGACGAGGAAUACGAGUGCGAUAUCGCCCUUCAGAUCCACUUCACCCUGAUCCAGGCUUUCUGCUUCGACAACGACAUUAACAUUGUCCGAGUGAACGACAUGCAGCGACUUGCUGAUAUCAUCGGCGACAAGUCCGGAGAUGUUGAAGAUGCGCACUGCGUUCUCAUCACGAACCCAGCUGAAGGUUCGUGGGAGGACCCAGCACUGGAGAAGCUGCACUUGUUUUGCGAGGAGAGUCGCAGAAUGAACGAAUGGGUGCCCGAAGUAACUUUCCCGGAGCGCUGAAAUGGGACUUUAUGGAGAUCCUGGAAACCUGAAGGAAUUACCAUCCGACCAGAAAGGACGAUGGGAAUCCUAAACACACACUGGGUGUUCCUGAAAGAGGAUGCAGUCCCAGGGAGCGCCGGGAUAGGUCGGAGAUCCCAGCGAUGGUCGGUACCUGCCCGAAUAACCAAGGUCCUUGUACUGGACGAGGUCUGGUGCGGCAGGAGGAGGAGACAAGAGUUUGCUUCAAGAAACUUGGAAAGUGAACCGUAGAGAAACGCCUUUGAAGAACUAACAACAUGAAGAUGGAGAACAUUCAUUUCUUUGAACGUUUGUUUUGUAACCGAAAUAAUUGAACGCGAGCACAA